AACAAGAUAAAUAAAAAUGAAAUAACUGUAACCUUGUCUGCUCGUCACUCCGGCGAAGAAUCACUCAUACUCCUCCCUCCGUUGACACCAAUUCGCAGGAACUCGAAUUCUGCAAAUUAUGGAGAGCGAACGAACUAAACGACCCACAUCCCUUUCCCCAGAUUCGAUUUCACAUCCACAGAACAUAACAGCUCCGGGCGACCACAUCUCCCUCUCACCGCCGGAGGGUUCUCCGGGAAAAUCACCGGCUGAAAGUUACUCCUCGCUGCAUCACUCCAAACACAGCAGCGGCCACAUCUCCCUCUCUCCCACUCUGGGUUCGAAGCGAAACUCGCCUGCGCGCUCUUCGGUUGAAUCCGAUCGGACAUCGAUCAAUCUCAGCCACGGAUCCUCGCCGGAGUACGAGGCGCCACGAUCGGCCGAGAGGAUUCGGCCGGCGGUGGUGAGCAAGGAUGUGUUCAUGGAACCUAAGGAGAACGUGGUUGUAAUAGAGGAGCCUAUGGCGGUUGUGAACCGGGUUGUAUUGGAGGAGCCCAAGGCGAAGAAGGGGGAGGCUACCAAGGGCUAUUCGGGCGGCGGAGAGGCGGAAGUUGGAGGACGGCGAAAGUUUAAACCAUCGCUAUCGAUAUUGAGGAGAGCUAAAAGAGAGAAGAUGGUGAAACAAGCUGGUUUGGGAUUUAGGGUUUUUGGAUCCCUCUUUUGCUUAGUUUCGCUUUCAGUGAUGGCAGCUAAUCGGAACCAAGGCUGGGCUCUCGAUUCAUUCUACCGUUACAAAGAAUUUAGGUAUUGUAUGUCAGUGAAUGUGAUCGGAUUUGUAUACUCUGGAGCUCAGGCUUUUGAAUUAUCAUAUAAUUUGGCCACCGGAAAGUAUGCUGCGCAUCAGCAUCACCUGCUCCGGCACUACCUCGAUUUUGCGUUUGAUCAGAUAAUUGCCUAUCUUCUCAUAUCAGCCUCAUCAUCAGCCACCAUUCGGGUUGAGGACUGGCAAUCUAACUGGGGCAACGACAAGUUCCCGGGUAUGGCUACCACUUCCGUAUCAAUUUCUUUCCUUGCUUUUGUGGCCUUUGCAGCAAGCUCUCUUGUAUCUGGCUAUGUACUCUGCACAUCUAAGUCUUUGUAGUUAGGGAUCUCUUGAAUGCCAUUUUGUCUGUGAUGCCUAUCUAUACCUUGUCAACACCUGAGAGCUUCUUCAUGGAGUUGUAAAAUCUGUAUAUAUAUAUAUAUAUAUAUUUGUGUGUGUGCGUGGAGAUUGUCUGUAACUGUAAGAAAUACAGGUGAUACAAGAAAUCCAUGUUAUUAGUUUGGAUGAGUGACUAAUAAAUACUGUGGUAAGUUA